AUGUCAGCACCAGAUGUACUUAUUGUUGGCGAGAGUGGAAGAAUUGAAUUGAAAUUGACCUCACCAUUAAAUCAAUCAGCUUCUAUAACCUUUCUAAAUGAUCAAGAAAACCUCUUAGAAUGGUCACCAAAGUCAAUCUUAAUCCCUCAAAAUUCACCAGCCUCAAAUUUCACAAUUAAAAUUGAAGCAUUGAAAGCUGGAAGAGCAGAAGUAACUGGAAUUUCAAACCCAAAGCAUCUCAUCAGUGACUCAAACUUGAGUUUUAAAAUUACAAUUGGAAAUUCACGUGAAUUGAUCAGCACAUCGUUUGUCGUUGGAUGGGCUUACUUUUUAGCAUGGAGUAUAUGCUCAUAUCCUCAGAUCUGGUUGAAUUAUAAAAGAAAAUCAGUUGUCGGACUCAGUUUUGACUUUUUGGCACUGAACAUAAUUGGACACGUGUCGUACACAAUCUUUAAUCUGUGCUUUUACUUCAGUGAAUUCUUUCAAGAUGAAUAUUUUACGAGAUUCCCAAAUGGACAGACACCGGUUCUACUUAAUGACGUCUUUUCCACAUCACAUAGUCUUCUCGUGUGCUUAGUGAUGAUCUUUCAAUGCUUUGUGUAUCAGAAUGGCAAACAAAGCAUUUCCUACAUCACAUGGACGCUGCUUGGAGCUUUUAUGACAAUUGUUGGAGUAAAUGUGUUUUUUUGUUCGGUCGGUGCACUUCACUGGCUUGACAUUUUGUAUACUUUGAGUUAUAUUAAGCUUGCUGUCACAUUGACUAAGUACAUUCCACAAGCUGUGCUGAAUUGUCGGCGGAAAAGCACAGUUGGAUGGAGUAUUGAGCGAGUUUUGUUGGACUUGAUUGGUGGAGUUCUGUCCAUUUUGCAGAUGUUGAUUAAUGCUUACAAUUAUGCAGCGGAUGAACAAUGCUCAUAUGGAUAUGAAUCUGGAUUAGGAAUAACUGUAGGAUAUAAUAAGUUGUAUACCUGCGAUGUGAUUAAUACUACAGAAAUAAUUCAUAUGAAUUGGCAUCGUCCAGGCAGAACUGACUACGAUGUGAAAUAUGUUCAGAUCCAAUUUGAUGGAUUUUACGAAGAAUUCGAUCAAUUUUACUGCUUUUCAUUCGAGAACUUAGAACAAUUUGGAAUUUCUGGCACAAAAAUCCAAAAAUUUGGUCCAAAUUUCUUCAAAGAUUGCAAUAACUUGAAGCACAUUUCAAUCUCAUCCAACGGAGUCAAGGAACUUCCAGCAGAUCUCUUACUUGGGACUUCAAUUCUUGAUCAAUUGGAUAUAACAAACAAUGACUUUGAAAUACUGCCUGAAGCGAUUUUCUUGAAUUUAAAUCAACUUACACAUUUGCAUCUUGACUUUAAUAAAAUUAAAGAUUUACCGCCAAAAAUCUUCUCGUCACUAUCAAAUCUGAAACUAUUAAGCAUCAGAGGCAAUCAAAUCACAAAGUUGAAUCCAAAAUGGUUUGAGAAUCUUCAAAAUUUAGAAUUUUUACAAAUGAACAACAAUAAAGUUAAGGAACUUCCUGACAACACCUUCGUGUACUUAACUGGAUUGACUCAUUUGGAAUUUGCAAACAAUGGACUUCAAACACUCAAUCCAAAUUCAUUUGCGAAUCUCAAAAGCCUUAAAACUUUGUACUUGUCUGAAAAUGACAUCACUGGAUUCCCCAAAAAUGUCUUUAAACCUCUCGAAAAUUUAACAUUUUUAUGGAUCAACGACAACAAAAUAAAAACAAUCCACUCAGACUCAUUUGGAAUGCACAACAAUUUAGUCAUGUCUGGGAUGUCCAACAACAAGAUUGAAGCCAUUGAUGAGAAAUUCAUUGAUAAUGUGGCACUAACGCAUAUGUUUUUGGAAGGGAAUAUUUGCAUUAAAGAAGGUAUCAAGGGUAGCGACAGGAGCGUUAUGAAGCAGAAAUUAAAGCAGUGUUUUGAGAAUUAUCAGCCAAGGCAAGAUGUUGGAGUGGAUGAAGAAUGUUCUUUUGGAUAUAGUUCAGGAUCAGGCUUAACUUUAGGAUAUAAUGACUUAUACACCUGCACUGUGCUUAAUUCUACGGAACCAAUUCAAGUCAAUCAACAUUGUCCAGGCAAAAAUGACAAUGAUGUAAAAUAUGUACAAAAUAAAUAUGAUGGAUUUUAUGAGGAUUACAAUCAGUUCCACUGCAUUUCCUUUCCAAAUUUAGAGCAAUUCGGAAUCAUCAAGACACAAAUUCGUAAAUUUGGUCCGAAUUUCUUCAAAAAUUGCAAUAAUUUGAGGUUCAUUCCAAUCUCAUCUAAUGGACUCAAGGAACUGCCAGAAGAUUUUUUUGCUGGAACUAAAAAUCUCGGUGAUUUACACAUCAGCGACAACAACUUUGACACACUUCCUGAAAAUAUUUUCUCAAACUUAAAUGAACUUAAAUUUUUGAGCUUGGAAUUCAACGGAAUUAAAAAUUUCCCGCCAAAAGUCUUUUCAUCGCUCACAACAAUGAGUUUUUUGGUCUUGUCUGGCAAUAAAAUCACAAAUGGUUUAAAAAUCUUCAAAAUUUGGAACACUCAUAAAUUAGUAACAACAAUAUUAAGGAAUCUCCAGACAACGUCUUUAGCUCAUUGCACAAGCUGACACACUUUACAGUCAGCGGAAAUAAGCUAAAAACUUUCUAUUCAAAUUCAUUUGCAAAUCUUAAUCAGUUGGGAACUUUGAACCUGAAAAAAUGACAUUCCUGGAUUCCCGAAAAAUAUCUUUAAGCCGCUGGAAGUUUUAUCAUUUUUAUGGCACGGUGACAACAAAAUAAGAACAAUUCACUCAGAUUCAGGCUUACAAAACAUUUAAAAAGGAUUUAUUAGUUUGGCUUUUAUUACAGUCACUGUCAUCAUAAAGUCAGCAUUUUUAUUCUCUUUUAACUCCAUCAACGUUUUGUAGAGUUGUAAGAAAUGUUAUUAAUCUGUAAUAAAGGCAAGAAAGAACUAAAUUAAGUCAAAUAUUUUGUUUUUUAAGGUUCCCGCAUAGCACAAGUCUAUUAAUCGAUCAGAAAUAUAACACGAAGCUGGCUUGACUCUGGCGUGGAGCCGGAUUUAAAUCCAAUUUAGCUCCAUGCCAAAGUCAUGCAAACUUAUCAUCCAGGCUUGGCUGCAAAUUAUCAAAUAAUAACAUUUCAUCCUCUUCUCUCGGCUGAUAAUUCUCAAAGCACUGCUUCAAUUCCAUUUUAAAAACACUCCUGUCGUUACUCCUGAUCCAAUCAUCAAUGCAUUCAUUACCAAACAAGAACAAAUUUGUUAUUGCCACAUUAUCAAUGAAUUUCUCAUCAAUGGCUUCAAUCUUGUUGUUGGACAUCCCAGACAUGACCAAACUAUUGUGCAUUCCAAAUGAGUCUGAGUGGAUUGUUUUUAUUUUGUUGUCGUUGAUCCAUAAAAAUGUUAAAUUUUCGAGAGGUUUGAAGACAUUUUUGGGGAAUCCAGUGAUGUCAUUUUCAGACAAGUACAAAGUUUUAAGGCUUUUGAGAUUUUCAAAUGAAUUUGGAUUGAGUGUUUGAAGUCCAUUGUUAGUAAAUUCCAAGUGAGUCAAUCCAGUUAAGUACAUGAAGGUGUUGUCAGGAAGUUCCUUAACUUUAUUGUUGUUCAUUUGCAAAAACUCCAAAUUUUGAAGAUUCUCAAACCAUUUUGGAUUCAACUUUGUGAUUUGAUUGCCUCUGAUGCUUAAUAGUUUCAGAUUUGUGAGUGACGAGAAGAUUUUUGGCGGUAAAUCUUUAAUUUUAUUAAAGUCAAGAUGCAAAUGUGUAAGUUGAUUUAAAUUUGAAAAGAUCGCUUCAGGCAGUGUUUCAAAGUCAUUGUUUGUUAUAUCCAAUUGAUCAAGAAUUGUAGUCCCAAGUAAGAGAUCUGCUGGAAGUUCCUUGACUCCGUUGGAUGAGAUUGAAAUGUGCUUCAAAUUAUUGCAAUCUUUGAAGAAAUUUGAACCAAAUUUUUGGAUUUUUAUGCCAGAAAUUCCAAAUUGUUCCAAGUUUUUGAAUGAAAAGCAGUAAAAUUGAUCGAAUUCUUGGUAAAAUCCAUCAAAUUGAAUCUGAACAUAUUUCACAUCGUUGUUCGUUCUGCGUGGCCAGUGUCGAUUAUUUUGAAGUUUUGUAGUUGGUUCCGUUGAAUUAAACACAGUGCAAGUAUACAAAUUAUUAAAACCUAAGGUUAUUAAUCCAGGAUUAUAUUCAAAUGAACAUUGUUCAUCCGCUGAUAUGAAGUUGAAGGUAGUCAAAAAGAUUGCACAGAAAACACGAAGAUUAAGGUUGCUUGAGGUCAUUGUCAUGAGAAUUCGACACGUCUGUGUUGUUUUGUGAAAGAAAAUCAGCCUUUUUUGGGGUUGGCGAAUGAUUUGGCACAAAAAUUCACACUUUUAACAGAAAUUAUUUUUUAAAUUAUCAAGCUACUGUUGAGCUCACAGAACAUUUAGGAACAACUGAGAUGAUAA